AUGAUGAUGAGGAAUCCGGACAUUGCUACGAUCAGAGACAAGGGCAAUAAGACGAAUCAUGCAUGUGGUGGUAAUAACAGCAAACCGAAGCUAAGAAAGGGACUUUGGUCGCCUGAUGAGGACGAGAAGCUCAUAAGGUAUAUGUUGACCAAUGGACAAGGAUGUUGGAGUGACAUUGCUAGGAAUGCAGGUCUCUUACGCUGUGGCAAAAGUUGUCGCCUUCGUUGGAUCAAUUAUUUGAGGCCUGAUCUUAAACGCGGUUCCUUCUCUCCUCAAGAAGAAGAUCUCAUCUUCCAUUUGCAUUCCAUUCUUGGUAACAGGUGGUCUCAGAUAGCUACUCGGCUUCCAGGAAGGACAGACAACGAAAUCAAAAACUUUUGGAACUCGACACUGAAGAAGAGGCUUAAGAACAACAACAACAACAACAACAGUACUUCUUCAGGAUCAUCACCUAACAAUAGUAAUAGUAAUUCUUUGGACCCAAGAGAUCCUCAACACGUGGACAAUGGAGACAAGUCAAAUCCAAUGAUGGAUGGCUAUCAUCAUCGUGAUGACAUGAUGAUAGUUGGGAACACCAUGCGCAUGGACUCUUCUUCAUUCAACUUUGCACCCAUGGUCAGUGGUGUGGGCUUAAACCAGCUUGAUCCAUUAAUGAUAUCAUCAGUACCGGACCAUAACCGAUAUCAACAAACGGGAAACACAGGGAAUUUGUUCAACGUCAAUGGUUUUGGAGAUUAUGGAAACACAAUUCUUGAUCCAAAUAACAAGAGGGUAUCAGUAGAAGGUGAAUGGUUUCUUCCCUCGUCAGAGAAUACCAAUGUUAUUGCUUGUACUACAAGCAAUAACCUAAACGUAGAAGUCCUUGAUCAUCCUUGCUUCAAUAGCAAAAAUCUUUGUCAUUCAGAAAGCUUCAAGGUAGGGAACAUGCUGGGGAUUGAGAAUAAUUCUUGGGAAAUAGAAAACCCUAAAAUCGGAGAUUGGGAUUUGGAUGGUCUCAUUGAUAACAACUCUUCUUUCCCCUUUCUUGAUUUCCAAGUUGAUUGACAAAAUAUUCUCUUUCCCAUUCUAUCUUCUUUUUACUCAUUUUUCCUUAUUCAUU